CUUCCACAAAACACAAACCCUGUAAAUAAAAUGGACAAGCAUAUCCCUCUUUUCCCUGGCUCUAGUACCGUUACUGGAAAAGCAAACGAAGAUAGCCGUAUUCGCGGUUAUGAUCCCGUGAUUUCUCCUGCUUUGAUUCAAGCUGAAUUAGCAGCUUCUGACGAACUCCUUGACUUCGUUUCUGACCAACGUCGUCAAGCUUCAGACAUCAUCUCUGGACGUGACGAUCGUAUUCUUGUUAUUGUUGGUCCUUGCUCUAUCCACGAUCCUGCUGCCGCCAAGGAAUAUGCUAGCAGAUUACAGAAGGAGGCUGCCAAGCACAAGAAGGAUUUGCACAUUAUCAUGCGUGCCUACCUUGAAAAGCCACGUACUACCGUUGGCUGGAAAGGUUUGAUCAACGAUCCUGAUUUGGAUGGUUCAUACAACAUCAACAAGGGUAUUCGUGUUUCUCGUGGUACAUUCUUGGAGCUCUUGCAACAAGGUGUUGGUAUCGCUUCUGAGAUGCUUGACACAAUCAGCCCUCAAUAUUUGGCUGAUUUGGUUUGCUGGGGUGCCAUUGGUGCUCGUACCACCGAAUCUCAAUUGCACCGUGAGCUUGCGUCUGGAUUGUCUUUUCCUAUUGGUUUCAAGAAUGCUACUGAUGGAAACAUCGGUAUUGCAAUUGAUGCUAUCAACUCUUCUAGCAACCCUCAUCACUUCUUGUCUGUUACCAAGCAAGGUGUUGUAGCUAUCGUUACCACCGAGGGCAACCCUGUUACCCACAUCAUUUUGAGAGGUGGUAAGAAGGGUACUAAUUUUGAUGCUGCUUCUGUUAAUCAAGCUAAGGCUGAUCUUGAAAAGGCCAAGCUUCACCCUAGUAUUAUGAUUGAUUGCUCUCACGGUAACUCAUGCAAGGAUCACAACAACCAACCCAAGGUUGCUGCAGCCAUCGCUGAACAAGUUGCUGCUGGUCAAAAUGCUAUCAGUGGUGUUAUGAUUGAAUCCCAUAUUCACGAAGGCAAGCAAGCUAUCCCUGAUGAGGGUCCUUCUAAACUGAAGUACGGUGUUAGUGUCACAGAUGCUUGUAUCAGCUGGGAGCAAACUGUCAGUGUGUUUGAUAAAUUGGCUUCUGCUGUCCGUGAACGUCGUACUAAGUUAUCAUCUGCUUAAAAUGAAAAGUCUAUUGUCUGUUAUGUUUGAUUAAAGUUUUGGUGGUUUUGGCAUAGUAUCCUAAAUUUGUUAGAAGCUAAUCUCUACGAAUAUAGCUUUGGGGGUUUGGGAUACCAAGAAAAGGAGAAAUUGUUAUUUACUCAAUAAGAAACUUAAUAUUUUAAUUUUUGAUAGUUAUAUCUCUUAUACAUUAUACCCUUACGCAUUCAAUAGUGUUCAUUAUUUCUGUGAAUAUAAGUUCUUUUAUUCAUUAGGUCAUUAAAAUAUGUAAGAUAAUACCAAAGCUCAUAAUUGCCUCAA